AUGGUAGUAGUUUCAGGAUACCGACACUGGCGUGGUGUCCCGGACCGGGUGAAGCGCCCCAUGAACGCCUUCAUGGUGUGGUCGCGGGGCCAGCGGCGGAAGAUGGCCCAGGAGAACCCCAAAAUGCACAACUCGGAGAUCAGCAAGCGCCUCGGGGCGGACUGGAAGCUGCUGAGCGACGCCGAGAAGCGGCCCUUCAUCGACGAGGCCAAGCGGCUGCGGGCCGUGCACAUGAAGGAGUAUCCGGAUUACAAAUACCGGCCCCGUAGGAAGACCAAGACCUUGCUGAAGAAGGACAAAUACUCGCUGCCCGGUAACCUGCUGGCCCCCGGGGGGGCCAACGCGGUGAGCAGCCCCGUCGGGGUGGGUCAGAGGAUUGACACUUAUGCUCACAUGAACGGCUGGACCAACGGGGCUUACUCCCUGAUGCAAGACCAGCUGGGCUACAGCCAGCACCCGGGCAUGAACAGCCCCCAGCUGCAGCAGAUGCACCGCUACGACAUGAGCGGCCUGCAGUACAGCCCCAUGAUGUCCACGGCCCAGACCUACAUGAACGCCGCUUCAACCUACAGCAUGUCCCCGGCCGCCUACGGCCAGCAGCCCUCCACGGCCAUGAGCCUGGGCUCCAUGGGCUCCGUGGUGAAAUCCGAGCCCAGCUCGCCGCCUCCGGCCAUCACUUCCCACUCGCAGAGGGCCUGUCUGGGAGACCUGCGGGAUAUGAUCAGCAUGUAUCUCCCCCCGGGGGGCGAUGCCACAGACCCUUCCGCCCUGCAGGGCAGCAGGUUACACAGUGUCCACCAGCACUACCAGAGUGCCGGGACUGGCGUCAAUGGUACCGUACCAUUAACUCACAUAUAAGACUGGGCUGCUCCGGACGGCUCCCCAUCUUAAUCCUUAACCCCACCACCGCUCCUUGACUAUAUCGGGACGUACGGCAGUGUUGCUCGGCUUAGCAGACUUAAUACUAACUUUGAAGAAAUUUUAAAAGGAAAUCCGUUAGAUGUGUCCUUUUUGUACGAAAAGAGAAAAAAGUUAUUUGAGCAAGCUGUUAUUUUAAUAGAGCACAACUCCUGCCUCCUAGAAGCCCCUGUGAAGUUUUUAAAACCACGGCAACUUCUUUCCUGGUUUCCGCUAGGUUGGGCGCUGUUUUAUUCGCUUAAAAGUUUUUUAAAAAGGUCUUACAUCUUCCAGUUUGAUUUUUAGCGUUGCAAUGAAAAACGGGGGGUUUUUGUUUUUAAAUUCAGUUGUUCAGUUGUUUACAUUUUCGUUGUGGUUUCUUAAAAAUGUUGUUUUCUUCCCACCCUCCUGAGUCUCGCUUGGUUUCUAUCAAAAACCUGUAGUUUUCACGACUUUUUAACUUUAGGGGUUUGUUCCUUAAAAGGGGGGAGGGGGGAAGAGAGCUGUGCGGGUCGCAAACGCAUUUCUUUUAUUUAUAGUAAGUUGUGUGACUGGGUUUUUCUUAAGCUGUAAACUUAUGUAAAUCGGUUUGUGAAUUUUACUGUGAAACAUGUUUUGACAUA